GUGGGAGAAGAGUUGUCGAACUUCCUUCCGUGUAGAGGGCGCUUUGACGCAUGGCUUCACGUUGACCUAAUCAUGAAGAUAAUUUUGGGAUCCGAUUGAAGCAAGACGACACUGAGUAAAACUGCCUUUUGUGUUCAAGAUCAGAGUGCCACGUACAGUCUGAUCUUUAACUCAGCAGUCGUCUCUUAGCAACGAAAUCAGUUGACAAUUUCAAGAGAGGUAACUGCACUUACUGAAAGAUAUAUUAGCCCCAACUCUCAGUGCUGUCCGUGAUGGCAGGAGAUCUGGGGUCCUUUCUUCAGUAUAACUCGACAUCCAGCCCGGCAAUGUAUACUGGUGGACGACGUCCGUAUGAGGACAUGGGAGGAUCAGAUGACCCAUUCAACAAGAAGAGAAAGACCGACAUGUGGAAUGAGGGAGGGUAUUCCGACUCAAUGGCACUCCCACCCCCACCUCCCUUUCCAUACGCCAACCAGUCCAACACCACAAGCGGCAUGAACAGCAUGUUUGACAGCGGCAUGGACAACUUCGACAGCCCCUGGAAGAUGAGACAGUACGACAACAUGGGCUCCUCCACAGCAGCAUCCUCGUCCUCUGGAGCUGAUUGGAACAGUGGUGGGGGGGGAUGGGGAGGUACUGGCUCCUCCAACUAUGGGGGAGACACUGGGUAUGGGGGAGACACUGGUUACGGGGGAGGUUCAGGUUUUGGGGGAGGUUCAGGAUUCGGGGGAGGUUCAGGAUUCGGGGGAGGUUCAGGAUUCGGGGGAGGUUCAAGUUUUGGGGGAGGUUCGGGUUUUGGAGGAGGUUCAGGUUACAAGGGGGGCUCAAAUUUCGGAAGGUCGUCUAAUUGGGGUGGACAAAGUAGAGGGGGGAGAGGAAGGGGAAAAUCGUUUUCAUUUGGUAACCAAUCGGACGAUCCAGACUUUACCGAUGACUUUGCCGUGUUGAAGGCGGCGGAGAUACAGUAUAAGAAGCAGGGGACUGUGGAUUUUGAUAAAAUCAGGAAGGCCCUCCAACUGGUGAGCCAGCAAUCUGAUGGGGGGAGGGGCAAGAGAGGGGGGCGUGGAGGAAGAGGGGGGAACUGGAAUGACGGGCCAAGCUUUGGUGGCUUUGGAGGUGGAGGUCGAGGAGGGCGUGGUAGAGGUCUUGCCAAGGCGACACCCUAUGACAAAGCUGCUGGUUUUGGUGGUCAAAACAAAUUCAACAGGGGGAUGCGCGGGAGCCCAAAGGGUAGUCAAGUGGCUAGAGGUGGCCCAAGAGGGCGAGGAAACAGAGGAGGCUUUGGUCAGGUAGCCCCUGUUCACAGCCUUGCCAAAGUGUCCACAAUCGACAGCUCCAACAUGUCUAUGGCUGAGAAGAUGCGACGGUUUGCUUUGUUUAUCCAGAAUGAUACCCAGAGAGUCAAUGACAUCCAGACGGUUGAGAAUGGUCUGACAGGCAGCAAGCUCAGUCUCAAAUCUGAUUACCAAGUAGAGGAGCUCCUCAAAGUCUGCAACAAGAUGAUGUUCACAGGGAGACUCUUCAUCGGAUCUGUUUUCCUGGCGAGAAGUGUGGGUGCAAACAAGAAAGAAGUAAAGCAUGAGUGUUUCAGAAAGGCUGUCGAUGUCCUGAAAUCCAAGAGUGUUGCUGCCAUCAUGAAGAUGGAAGAUGUUGGGACGGAGAAGAUGAGAGCCGAGCUGCUGGCUUCGCUGAAGGAUGAAGGGAGCUCGAACCCUGUGAUGGAUGCCCAGAAGAAGGUGGCAUCCUUGGAGGAGGGCACUAAGGGAGAACCUGCUUCGGGUCUGGUUGGACUUGAGGUGAACUUUGAUCAGUUGAUACAGUACUUGAACAGUGGGAAGGCCAACUGCAACAACGUCAUCAGUGAGCUGACUCAGUCCUUCUCUGCCUCCUUCUGUAACCUGUCUCACAAGUAUGCGGAAGAAAAUACCCGACUGCCCAAUGGGAAGCUGUGGUUCAAGGGGAAGAUGACAAUUAAUGACACAUUAAUAGCUUCAGCCACAAGUCACAAGAAGAAGGAGGCUAAACUGAAGACGUUUGAAAAGGCCAUUGUGUUCCUGAAGACAAAACCCAUUUCUGUGAUCAUGCAGGGUAUUUCUCCAGAUGAAGCCGAUGACAUGCCCACGUUCGAUCCUUUAGCUACAGCAGCAGCUGGUCAAGACUUCAAAGAGGACAACGCCAGUCUUCCCAGUGAGCGGACCCUUGAGAAACUGAAGACCCUCUUGAUAUCAGUCCCUGAGUUUCCGGGUAUAGACUCAGUGGUCAACCUUCUGGACGUCACUGCCCAUCAACUGCUCCUUGUGCCCACAUGUGUCUACAGGAAGGGGGGGAGCAAGGACGUCAAAGGCACAAUCCAGUGUGACCUCUACUUGGACAACAUCCUGCUGGCUAUUGGGGAGGGAGAGAAACGCAAAGAUGCACAGUGCGAUGCUUACACCAAAGCCUUGGAUGUUCUUUCCACAAGCACGGCUGAAAUAAUCUACAAUGACUUUCAGAAACUGACCCCUGAAGACACCAAGGGUCCCGGUGUCCUAGAAGUGUGGGUGAAGGGACAGAGCCGGACUGGGGAGUCAAACCUGCAGCGGCUGAAGCGAAUGAAGCUGGACCCGAUGGAGCAUGGCAAAGACAAGAACGACAUCGUCCUCAUUGAGCAUCAUGAGUGGGCGUUCGACCGGAAGAGACAAGCUUUCUGCAUCCUCAACAUGAGUGCUACCCAGAAUGCUAUGUUGUUGGAAUGGAAGAUAAGCCCAGUUGGGACAUUUUUCAAGUGUGAGAUGUACAUCCAACAAGAGCUGGUGGGAGAGGCGUGUGCUCCAGCCAAGAACGCAGCCCGCAACCUGUCUGCAGGCGACGCUCUGUUCAAGCUGUACCAGACACAGACAGCCAUCAAGGUUGUGUCCCGAGACGAGUCGAACUUCUGGUUCACAUACGAGACAAUCAAGGAAAAAGCGGACAAGCUGAAGGCUGAGGCUGGUGACACUGGAACCAAUGACAUGGUCCCCGUCACCACCGACUCCUCCGUGGAGGAGAAGCCGAGGGCGGAGGGGAAGGAGGGGGCAGCCAAUGGAGAGGGGACAACGUCUGAGCCUCUGAUGGCCAACAAGUGGGUCAAGCUGGUCAUCGAACAGAUGGUAGAGAAGUUUGCCAAGGAGGAAAACCUAGAGGAACUCCUGUUUGGGCCAGGGUUCCCUCCUGGGGAGAAGAAACUGCUCAACUUGAUCGCACGUAGCUUUGACUUGCGCUUCUCCACUAAGCAGAAUAAAGAUCAUGCUUACUCAGUCAUCUUCAGGAAGUUUAUGCCAGACAAGAUGGCGGAGCUGUUGAGAAAGAAUGGCGGCCACAGCGGCAAGUACUCCAUCAUCCCGAAGGAACUUCUACCCAAGCAUGCUGACAUCAAGGACCAGCUGAUGCCAGCUCCCAAACCAGAAGGCCAGAAAGGGAAAGGGUCAGCCAGUCAGUCGUUUGACACAUCAGGAGAAUAUGAAACUGCACAUUCUACCUUCUUUGAAACAUCAACUACUGGAGCUAAGACCAAAGUGAAAUCUCCAUUCGCAAAUGUAGGUCGUGGCAACGCCUCCUUCCAGACAAGUACCCCCAGAGGUGGAAACAAGGGGAAGCGUGGGCGAGGCCGAGGGAAGGGGAACAAGGUGGUGUCCGGGAACCUCCAGGGGACUGGAGGGGAUGCAGUGAAAGAUGAAGAUGUGUCGCAGUGUGAAGAGAACACUACUGGUGGUGAUCAGAUGGAUUACACAGCUUGAGUUGGAAGAAAGACAAACUGGAGAUUGUGUGGACAAAAUAGCUAAACAGAUGCUGCCAGUGAAGACUUGUCUAGAGCUGGAGUAAGUCUGCUGGCACGUAUUCCUGUAUGGAAUGGUGGAACUGGUUUGAUAAGCAGUACCUUUGAAAGAAUUUUGUGACUUUGAAAACAGUUUCUCAUUUAUGAAAUGGAAUCCUUUUUAGAUUGUGUUGUACUUUCAAUGUCAAGGGUUACAGUUGACCUUAAAUCAUCAAGCAUCCUCACUGUAUGCCUUAGAAAACAUUGUCUACGUUACAUUAUGUUCUGCUGAUUAGCAAGGUAUGUGAGGUUUUGUACUAGGACAAUGAGCUACAAUGGUAGAUGACUGGCUUGUAUUUUCAGUUUAUUUGCAUACCAAUACAUGAAUCAAACCUUUUUAGUGGGAGAUGUUUAGUGUAUGUUCAAGUGUUCAAACUUUGUAACUCACUGUUUGUUUUGUAUCAUUGUCGUAAGAAAGUCCUUUAUUGUUUUGAAACUGUUCAGUAUUUAAGGAUUUAUCAAGCAUUUCCCACAGACAAACAGUGGCUCGAACCUCAUAAAACUUUUUCAUAAUGCCCAGUGAUAAAUGUGUUUGCUGAAGUAUUUUCCUUUGGUUCAGUUCUCGGGACAAUUUCUGUUCAGUUGUAUUUAAAACUGGAGUAAUAUUCGUUGCCAUCUAAAAUGUUUUAAAAUUUCAGACAAUUUUCUGUAUUUCUUCAUCUACAAACUGGUAUUUAUCUUGUUUAAUGGAGGUCGAAAGUUAGAUAAGGAUUGUCUACCCUGUGUUUUAUUUUGGGUUUUUAUUUACAUUUAAUUCACAUAAUGAUAAUUCACAGGUUAAAUCAUGCCAUGAAAUAAUCAGUGAUUAAGUUUCAUCUGUACAUAAAUCACAGUGCUAAGUCAGAGGAGUAGACGGUGUUUUAAGAUAGACACUUUUCUAUGUCCAUUAGGCUUUUUAUUCUUACCAUGAUGUAAAUUGGGAGACAUAUGUUGCACUAUCAUCACGUUAAACCCAACUCACUCACUCACUCACUCACUCAUGCUGUAAUUGAUAUCACAACAGUUUGUCCAGCCCAUGCCAGAUUUUUUUAUAAAACUUGUUUUCAAUUCGGCUCAUUCCAAAAUAUGUUUUUGUUUAAAAAGUAAUGAAAAUCAGUGGGUUCUUUUUUCAGGAGGACCAACCAUUGAAACUGUUGGCCCCACUUUAUUCUGUAGAACUUUUUCCAACCUAAUUCACAUGUUGAGGAAGCCAAAACAAAUGUUUGAAACUGGAGUUUUUUAGUUUUUGUUUUUUCGUCCUAAUACCGGAAAUUUGGGGGCAAACAUACGUAACCCCUCAAAAAGUCUGGCCUCAUGUUCAGGCUCUGCCCUGUAUGGUGUUCAUUCUUGUAUGUGUCAAAUCUAUAAUGACCCUUUUUGCAACAUGAACAGAAUCAAUCAAAUUGGUUCUGUAAUUCAUCAUUCAGCCUGCCACAAGGAAUCACAAGCUUACAUUCACUGGUAGAAAAGAGGAUAUACCUGACAUCUGUAAAACAUUACUUCAUUGUAUCACAAAUAUGAAUAAAAUUCUUGUGAAUAUA